AUGUUGCGCCCGGAGUCACCUCUCGCUGAUCACCGCAGCCUCCUGCCGCGCCGCCUGCUGCCGGCCAAGGCACAGAUCGCACCCGUCGACAAGAAGAAGAACAGGCGAUCUCUAGAACUGAACCCUCCGUCCAACGAACACGCCCCCUACGACUAUCCCAAACUACUCAUAUCCAAAACAACUGAUUCACUCAACACAGAAUGCCCUAGGAAACUGAUCAACAAACAAGACUCCUCCGAUAGCCUCAAGCGAGCGUUGUUAUCAAAGGAAGAUAAGAAAUGCGCGUUGAAAGAAGUAGACAAGAAGGUGUUAACUAAACAGGACUCAAACGAGAGCCUCAAGAAGAAUCCGCUCAGCCGACAGGAUUCUAAUGAUAGCGCUAAAAGAAGGGACUCGGACCCGAAAUGGCUGAGACCGGACGAAAAGAAAAGUGUGGAGAUUAAGAGAGGCGGUGAUAAGAAAGGUCUACUGGAGACUGAUAUAGAUGACGCGUGUAAACGGAUCUAUGAGAGGAGAACGGGCUGCGCUCGACCUACCCUGCCUCCCGUCGCGGAGAAGGGUGUGUCUCCCAAAUCACCGAAUGGAAGCCCUAUCACGCCGGGGGUGGUCGCCGUAGCUGAGGGGGUCGUGCGAUGGGGUAGUGGACUACUGUCUCCGAAAGACGAGCCAAGACUAAGACCGGCAAGGAGCUGGUAUGGAUAUGGAACACUGCCCACCGACGGUGACAAGAUGGGAGCAGGUGCGAACGGACCCGGGGGCCGUCGGGCCCUCGAGCUCAUACUAAGCGGGGGCCUUAAGUCCCUCGCCAGGCCCCCUAAACCGGUCCGAAGGGCGGCCUCCAGAGAUUCUGUCCUAUCACAACCGCAGCCGUUGCUGGAAGGUCUUCGUAAAUGUUCCACCGUGCUGGCUUUAACUGAUCGUGAGAAGGCCCCGGAACCGAUCAGAGCUCAUAACAAGCUGAGAGCGCCAUCCGUAUGUUCCAGGUGUUCGUCACUACUAUCACUCGCAGGAGCUGGAGGUUCCAGAUACUCGUUGGACCACGCUGGUGGGUUCGUCCCAGCCGCUCCGAUCAAUUGCAAGCUUUGCUUAGACGACGCGACCUCUGAUAACGUGACCGUCAUCUCGGGAUGUGGAUGCAGCUUCUGCACCAGGUGCAUGAAGGCUUACGUGGAAUUCGAAGUAUGCAACGGUGCGUAUGAGGUCUCCUGUCCCGAUGACCGAUGCAGCGUUGGUGCAGCUCUAUCCUUGGAUGAGAUAGGACUACUCGUUGAACCAUCGGUCAUGGAGAAACAUCUCAAGUUCAGGCUCAAUCAUGAAGUGGCAAUGGAUGCGAUGCGUGCUUUCUGUCCUCGACCCGGCUGUGAUACAGUGGUACAGGUCCGAGCAGCCAGCCCAGCACAUUGUCCAACAUGCAGACACGACUUCUGUUCACAGUGUAACCAAGAGUGGCAUGGCGGUAUAUCCUGCGAGGCGGCUGCUGCGUCAUCAUCUAUGGGUGGUGCUGGAGCCCCACUCCUUCCAGACUCGGAGUUAAUCAAACUCUGUCCCAUGUGUCGCGUCCCCAUAGAAAAAGACGAGGGCUGCGCUCAAAUGAUGUGCAAGAGAUGUAAACACGUCUUCUGUUGGUACUGUCUCGCCUCGCUUGAUAAAGGGUUUUUACCCGGGAUUUCUGGAUGCCUAGAACACAACACCUUGCUGUCGGAGAGUUUGAAAGAUGCUAGAAAAAGCGAGCGGCAAAUCACUGUUUGUUGGAUAGACUUGGAGAACGCGUUCGGGUCGAUACAACACGAAUUGAUGCUAUUCGCGCUUAGAUGGUACAACUUUCCACCCCUAGUUAGAGAUAUGAUCGCGUCGUAUUACUCAAAAUUAAGGUUUUCUAUAAUAACUAAAGAAGGCCCUUCAAAAAGUUUGAGUUAUAAUGUAGGACUGUUUCAAGGUUGUUGUCUAUCUCCAAUUGCGUUUAAUAUCGUAAUUAACAUCUUAGUAGACAAAUUAAUCUGUAACGAGAAAAAAUGGGGUUAUCGGUUUAAGUUUAAUAAUAAAUACACGGAAUCCAUUUUAGCCUUCGCUGACGAUCUCGCAAUACUGACACGUAACCCCAAACACUGUCAGGUACUAUUGGAUGAAGUGGAUAAAUUCUGUGAGUGGACGGAUGGAUUGAGGACAAAACCCAGUAAAUGUCACUGUCUGUGUCUUGGUAGGCGGAAUACAAGAUACACCUCAUACGAUCCGGGACUAUCGUUAGGCGGUCAAUGCAUUUCUACGGUUACGGAAAAUGCACCAUUUAAAUUUCUCGGUCGUAAGAUAGAUAAUAUAGGCCGUACUCCAUCUUUAGAAGGAAUAGUAGAUAGCUUUUUGAACGAUCUUGACAAGUUAGAUGCAGGCGUCAUAAAGAUGUUGAAGUUGUGGCUCGGGCUCGCUCUAACGGCUGAUUCAUCGGCGUUAUUUAGGGGAAGCAAUAGUUUUGGGAUGAGUCUAAAAAGGCCAUCGGAGCUCUAUAAACACCUAAGAGUUUCCAAGAGAUAUAUCCUGGGGAAAUCCCAUGAUGACAUAGUGACAUCGCUCCCAAAAGAUGAAGAUGCCCCCGAGCUAGAGUCACGACUUCAAUUCCAUAAGCAAUUUAUGAUAGGAGCACAAAGUAACAAAGUAGGGUUAGGAUCAAAUAGGAAAGUCCAAGAUGCGGAUAUAUUGAAGUCUUUUAUUCGGCAAGACGAGAAUGAUAAAUAUAAGAUCCAUGCAAUGAAUUUAGAAAUGCAGAACGAGUGGUUAGACAUGGGAGAUUUUUGCAUCCCAUUAGCAUUAAAAUGGCGCACUUUAAUUUAUGAUUGGUCGCCAGCAUUGCUAAAAUUCUAUCUCAAUGCGUUCCAGAUGACUCUCCCAGAUCAGAGUAAUUUAGUAAGAUGGGGUAAAAGUACCGAAAAAACUUGCUAUAUCUGUGGAAAGGCAGUUGGAACUGCUAAGCAUCUGCUAGUGGGAUGUAAGGUACUCCUUGACAGCGGUCAAUACUCGCGUCGUCACGAUAGGGUUCUAGAAGUCAUACGUGAAGCGGUUAGUCUUUCGGUAGCCAGAGCGCAAAAGGGAAUAACCACAAACGAACGAUCAGUAGGUUUUGUGAGAGAAGGCUCUAGGGCUACAAAAUCAAACGUCAAGCCUUACUCCAUCCUUAAAGCGGCGUCGGAUUGGACUAUAAUGAUGGACACGUAUGAAAAACAAUAUAAAAUCCCCGAGGAUAUUUGUGCGUCGGCCUCCAGACCGGAUAUAUUUUUGUUUUCGCGAAUUUUAAAGCGCGUAGUGAUGAUAGAGCUUACGGUCCCUUGGGAAACCAACAUCCCCAAAGACCAUACCAUCAAGGUCAACAAAUAUUACGAGCUCACAAACGAACUCACUCGAAAUAGGUUCGUAGUAGAUUUGUACGCGGUAGAGGUGGGAGCGAGAGGUAUAACAGCGAAAUCUCUCUAUAACCUACUAAAGGACUUGGGCUUGUCCAGAACUCACAUUAAUGCAUUCUUGGAACGUACAUCGAAGGCAGCCCUAGUAGGUUCUUUUCAAAUUUGGUUAGGUAGGGAGAGGAGCUUGGACAGUGGAGGUGAGCGUAUAACGCGCGAUGACUUUCUUCUGCGACACUACGACAAGGGUCCUUGCAAGAAUAAAUUGGGCCAUUCAAGAGCAUCAGUGUUAUGGCAUCGUGCUCAGGUGGUCGGUAUUUUCGCUGGUUUCGGUUUACUACUACUCGUUGCCAGUCCAUUGUUACUAUUGGCCGCGCCUUGCAUCGUAUGCUGCAAAUGCAGACUCUGUAAUCCCAAUACGAAGAACUUGGAAGAAGUUGAUGAGAUAGAGAGCAUCAGCCCCGGCCGUGAAGACGACGACGAACGUACGAGAUACAUCUCAGACUGA